UGGGCUCCAAGACGUGGCAAGCAGCCCAGGGCCUUCGCGAUGGCCUUCUUGGCGUUGCAGGGGGGCGGGGUGCGCGCCUUCGCGUCGGAUGCGGGGGUGCUGGCGGGGCUGGCCUGCGCGGCCAACAAAAGCGUGGCGGAGCUGGCUGGAGCCUUUGAGGCCACCUCCAGCGUCAGUGGCUCCUCCUGGUUCGCGGCGGAGCUCUUCUAUUCCCCGAGCUUCGCGGAGCUCAUGGCAGGCAUGGCGGCGUCCCCUUCCACUGCCGCCGCGCAGUUCCAAGAGAACUGGAUCCAGCCCUGGCUGCGAGCAACACAGGUCUCGCAGCCCACGUUCGACGGCUUGCAGAGCAUUGUGCGGCUUUUGGUCCGCCUGCUCCUGGGAACUGGGGACGAGGACACCAUCUUCAUCGCCCAGUUCUUCCUGGCGUCCGGGCUCACCUGGACCCACUUCGUGGAGGUGCUGCUGAACAGCACCGCGGCGAUCCCCAAGCAGCUGCCGCUGGGGGCGGAGCCCACCAUGGCCCAAGGCCGCCACUGGCUGGUGGACCACUCCCUGCUGCUGCCGGUCGCCAACCCCGCGGCCGUGUACCGAGGAGGCCUGGGCCUCUUCCGCACGUCCUACUCGGCGACGACGAAGAACGGGGAGCUGCCGGUGUUCCUGCCGGCCAAGUUCAGCGUCGCGCUGGGCGCAGGCGUCCACCGCGCGGCGCCGCUGCCCUACCUGGCCCAGCCGCAGCUUCCCAUCGAGUUCAGCUACCAGGGCCAUUGGCCCCUGGGAGGCAGCUCCUCCUCCUCCGGGCCCUUGGUGCUGGAUGCCGCCAACGGGUCCCUGGGAGUCUGGUCCGGGCAUGUGCCCGUCAGCGCCGCGGCGGCGGCCUCCUCUGCGGUCUUCGGGGCGGAGCCGGUGGACGGGCUCCCAGCCGUGGAGCUCGCGUCGCUGCUGAAGGCGGACGUGGCGGUCUGGGCGGCCAUCGACGGCUUCGAGGUGGCCGACCAGCUGCGGGCGGCUUUGGCGCACCCGGACGCGCAGAAGGUGGCGGUCUUGGGCCAGGAGGCGGUGCACGCGCUGAUCGACGGGGGCUACACGGACGGCACGGGCAUCGCCCAGGCGGUGGCCUCCGGAGCAGAGGAGGUGGUGGUAGUGCUGAACAGCUACUCCAGCAACCUGGCGGAGUACGUGGCCCAGCUCUUCCCAGGAGGCCCAGUCACCAAGCCGGGAGUGCCCAAGGAGCUGUACCCGGUCUUCAGUGCCCCCAGCGCGGCGGCGGUGGAUGAGGCCUUCGCCCAGUUCCGGCAGCUGCAGAUUGCUGAGGGCAGCUCCUACUUGAAGGUGCUGGCGGUCGGCAGCUUCGAGGCCACCACUGCGAAGAACGCCUACUUUGGUACAGAGGAGGGCCGCCAGGUGAGCAUCCGCAUCAUCAACGUGUGCUCGGAGCUGAGCAUCGGCUUCUUCGCGAACUUCGGGCACUACUCGGCCCUGGUGCAGGAGGUGGCUUUGAGCCUGGCGCACCCAAAGAACCGGGCCGAGCUGCGAACGGUGCUGCCCUGGUUCGCCGGAAAAGCCGCCAAGGCUUCCAAGGCCCUGGUGGUGUGAAGCAAAGCAAUGGUCUCGCUUCGCCGCGUUUCGGGAGCCGUGGGGGUCUUUGACGAAAUUUAAGCUUUUGGG